UAUAUAAGAAGAUUUCAGUCCAGUUUAAUGCUAUAAAGUAUAAACUACACUAGUUCGACUGGGAAGAUGAUGGUUGGUAAGAGUAACAUCAAGGGCAGAUCCAGAACUGGUUUACGUAUGAGGCAUGAAAUCAUAUUCUUAUAGUAGUGUCAUUCCUAGAAAUUAACAUUUCAAUAAUUUUAGCAGUAACUAUUAAUAAAAAAUAAAACAAUAGUGUGGAACACAUGCCACACCUGGCUACUGACAAGUUCGAAUAUAUCGUCUAACAAUUUCUAUUUUAUUUCUACAUCUGGCUAUUCUGAAUUUCCUUUUGUGGGUUUUUGCGGUUUUGACUAUUAUCAUUACCAAUAUCUUCUAGGACAGUAUACCCGAAGUAGUUAUUGAUAUCGAUCUUGAGUGUUUCCUUUUGAGGGGGAGGGGUUUUGCGAUUCUGAAUUUCCUUUUGUGGGUUUUUGCGGUUCUGACUAUUAUCAUUACCAAUAUAUUCUAAGACAGUAUGACCGAAGUAGUUAUUGAUAUCGAUCUUGAGUGUUUUACUUCUUUUGUGGGAUCUGAGUGUUUACGGCUCCUUGGGGUUUUGUGAUUCUGACUAAGAUGGAUCUUGUGUUUCUUUUGCCGGAAUAAUGGCUGAUCCUGCUGAUCUUUAUCCUCCCAUCAAGAGCAUCAAUGAGAUGAAUCAAGCUGGAUUUCCUGCAGGUGUGGUGGCCAUACUCCAGAGCUCUCUCCACAGGCAUCUCAUGGCUCUUGAGUGGCAGAUUCUAUUCCAGAGCGCUAACCUAUUCGGCCCACCAACUCACUCUUAUCGCAUACCGGUGGAAUUUGCAGGACUGUGGCGUGUCGACAAUGUGCACAAUGUUGACCUCAACGAGUGGGUUCUCACUUUGACGAGCAUUCAGUCAACUGUCACUAAAAUACUAAUUCAUACUUCAAGAUCAAACAAAGAUACAGAUACACACACAACUCAAUCAAACUAAACCUUAAACAUUUCAAAUUCCCAUUCCAA